ACGUAGUUGAGCGACCGACGUAAAUACACUGUUUAUGUGCACUGCAAAACCAGCAGAAGUUGGUUUCUUACAGUAAUUCAUUUUUAAGGUUUUAAAUUCAUUUGAACUAUGGAUGAUAACAACCCUUUGGUGUACGGCCUAGAAUUUCAGGCUCGAGCGCUUGCUUCUCAACAGGCCGAAAGCGACAAGGUUCGCUUUUUCCUGGCAACGCAAUCCUUGAAACCGAACAACCAACUCCACGUUGUUGACAUCCACGACGACCAAACGGCCACAUUGGAAACAAAGGUAUUUUCACACCCUCUCGGAGAAGUGUGGAAAUUAACCGCAAGCCCUCACGAUGGACGUGUCUUGGCGUCGUGCUUCAGUGUUCUCAAAGGAACGCAAGCCAUCAUGGGUACGGCAGUGUUGCGACUGCCCGAUUGUCUGGAUGCUUCAGAAAGUGGAGAUGAAUUUCUUCAAUUUGCUGACGUCGAAGUAUUGAAAACGGAAGGCUUUGGAAAUGAAAUCCGUACUUCUGAGUUCCAUCCGACGGACACUAGUUUGCUGGCCAUUGUCAUCGAUGGAAAAGUCCUGCUCUUCAAUCGAGGAGAAGCAUCUUCUAAAUUGGUGGCUGAAAUAAAUGCCAAAAAUUCGCCUAAAUUUUCUACAGGCCGUUGGUCUUUUUUUAGUCAAGGGAAUCAGUUCAUAACACUUCAUGAUUGUAGUGUGCGUUCGUUUGAUAUCCGGGAUCCCAAUCACUGUGCCUGGGCGAUCGAAGAUGCCCAUAGCCAGUUGGUGCGGGAUCUGGACUGCAACCCGAACAAGCAAUUCCACAUAGUUACUGGAGGUGAUGAUGGCAUUCUGAAAAUCUGGGAUAGUCGUAAUACGAAAGAGCAUGUUUUUGCACGGAACGAUCAUCAUCAUUGGAUUUGGAACGUGAGAUAUAAUACAUAUCACGACCAGUUGAUCCUAUCCAGUAGUAGCGAUGGCAAGGUUUUGCUGACGUGUGCUGGUAGCGUCAGUUCUGACACGUUAGAGAACGAUUUGGGCGCCGAUGGAGACAAAGAUCUAAAGGAAAGGUUGGCCGAUGGGCUGCUACAAUCAUUCGAUCAGCACGAAGAUUCCGUUUACUGUGCAGAGUGGAGCACUGCUGACCCCUGGCUGUUUGCAUCGCUGAGCUACGACGGAAGAAUGAUAAUCUCAAGAGUUCCAAAGCAGUAUAAGUAUCAAAUAUUAUUGUAAGGCAGUUUUCUUUAGUUGCAUUGUUAACUUAAUUUUUAUUUGAAUCUUAUCACCUAAUAAAUUGAGAAAUACUAAAGAAGAGUUCUAUUCAAGUUUCUACUUUUAUUUACUAGAACCAUAUUUCUAAAUAAAGAUAGAUGAAUGAUAGAUACUCAUACCAUUCA